AUGGUGAACGCCAAAUGUCUCAUGCAGAAUCUUUGGCAACUCAAGUGUGAUUGGGAUGAGGAAGUCCCGGAAUCAGUGCUUAGUGAAUGGAUAUCAUUUCUCAAAUCCUUGAGAUUCAUUCCCAACAUCAAAAUUCCGCGGUGUAUAUCCGAAUUCACCCAAAUUUCCAAACGGGAAGUGCACUUAUUCACCGAUGCCAGCAAGAAAGCAUAUGGCGCAGCCAUAUACAUCGUGACUGAAAACUCUUCAGGAUUCCGAUCCACCCGGCUUCUGACAGCUAAGUGUCGUGUUGCACCAGUGAAGGUCGCUACAAUCCCAAAGCUUGAGCUGUGCGCUGCUGCAUUGGGUUCCAGGAUCUUGAAAGCUGUGUGCGAUUCCUUGAACUGUCACAACCACUACUGCUGGACUGAUGCUAUGAUUGUGUUGUGCCAAAUUAGAUCACCCGUGAAACGUGAAGCAUUUGUUAAGAAGCGCCUGGAAGACAUCCUCAACAAUACCAGGGCUGAAAGAUGGCAUCACGUUCCUACCACACACAAUCCAGCGGACUUGAUUUCAAGGGGAGUCACGGCAGAACAGUUAGAUGAAUCCUCGCUCUGGUGGAAGGGGCCGGACUGGCUCUCAAAAUCCAUCGAGUACUGGCCAACCGAACCUGAAGGUCACCAAGAAGGAUGCCUACUCGCAACCACGGCUCAAUGGCCCGACAUACGGAAAGGUACUCAGCAAUCUGGACCGUUACUUCCCGAAGAAAUUCAGAGGGCAGAAAUUGUACUGGUGAGGCUGGAGCAACAGGAGUUGCUCGUUGAUGACAUCAAAACAUUAUCUGGCCCAAAGAAGACACCAGUGAGCAAACAGCUACGUCAUCUUCAAGUCUUUUUGGAUGACGAUAAGGUUAUGCGUGUGAAAGGGCGGUUGGAAAAUGCGAAUGUGGAUGAAAAUACCAAGCAGCCCAUGAUCCUCCCCAGUGGACCGCUGGCCAAGAUGAUUCUACAUCAUGAGCAUUACCGUUUACUGCACGCAGGCCCUACCCUUAUCAUGACAGAGAUUAGACGCAAAUUCUGGCCUAUCUUUGGAAGACGUUUACCACGAGAUGUCUAUUGGAGAUGUAUCACCUGCAACAAAGCCAAACCUCGACCUUGUAAACAGUUGAUGGGCCAAUUACCGACACCUCGUGUCACCCUGACUCGACCAUUUGCCUCCACUGGAGUGGACUUUGCGGGGCCCGUGCUUGUCAAGGCAAGUAAACUUCGAAAAGCACCCGUUCAGAAGACCUAUCUGGCAGUAUUCAUCUGUAUGGCAGUGAAGGCCGUGCACAUUGAGGUUGUGGGCGACCUCACCACCGAGGCUUUCUUGGCUUCACUUCGCCGAUUUUCUGCCAGAAGAGGAACACCCAAUCAUGUUUACUCCGACAACGGGACAAACUUCGUCGGGGCUGCCCACUCCCUGGGGAAAUUUCUUGCAAAUCCAGCCAACCAGAAUGCCCUCAUUGAUGCCACCUCCGGAAACUCAAUCACUUGGCACUUCAUCCCACCUCGCUCUCCGCAUUGGGGUGGACUCUGGGAAGCUGCAGUGAAGACGCUGAAGUAUCACCUGAAUCGCAUCAUGGGCACAACCGUGCUAACCUAUGAAGAGUUGACGACUGUUACCACGCAGAUUGAAGGAGUAAUGAACAGCCGCCCUCUCACUGCACUCCCGGAAACUGAAGCUGAUCCUGAUGCUCUCACACCGGCCCAUCUACUGAUGACAAAACCAAUCACCAAUCUUCCAGACUGGGACUUGGAGAAGGUGUUCCGACUCGAUCGAUGGCAACUCACCCAGAAGCUAUACCAGGACAUCUCCAAGAGGUGGAAACGUGAGUACCUAGUCUCUUUACAACGCAGGUCAAAGUGGGACAAGGAGUACUCAAAUUUGCAUCCGGGAGAUGUGGUGCUCGUGCUUGACAAUGCCUCAUCCGGGGCGUCAUGGCCAAUCGCUCGUGUAGUGGAUAUCCAUCCAGGAAGAGACGGCAGGGUCCGCUUGGUCACCAUCAGGAUGAAAAAUGGCACCUACAAGCGCCCCAUUCAUGUCUUGGCCAAGCUACCUACGGAAUCAGAGCAUCCGGAGACAUCAGAACUGGCAAAGGGUGACUUUUCCCUGGGGAAUGUGUUGGCGCCAACACAAUCCUGA